AUGACCACAGUUCCGGACUUCUGUUUCCGCUCAACUGAUCUCUCUCUCACAGAUGCUAUUGUUGCGCUGGAAUCUGGCGAUGAGCUUUUGAUUCCCAAGAGAUAUGGCGAUAAAUGGGUUCUUGCCAAUUCCAAGACUGAGAGGGGCGCUGUCUUCAGCCACAUCGCGCCCUUCCAAUGGGCGUCACCCUACGAUACUGGCAACUUUGUCCCGAAAGGAGCUCCAGCGCCUAAAGAGUUGGACCCCACGCGAAUCCAAAACAUCAUAGGUCCCUUUUGCGAGUGGUCCUUUGCCAUGGGCACCAAACAGGACAAGCUCUUGUUUAAAGCCAAUCAGAUUUUUGAAGAGUUGUUUGCUUUGGACGGGGAAUUCCUUAAAGCGGCCGAAGCAAAGUCCAAAAGAACGUGGCAAGAUGGGGAAAACGUACGAAGCAAUUAUCGUUUCAUAAUCUGCUCGAAGAUGUUCGUCAAACGAACGGAGAAGAACUGGCCGCAGGGUGGGGAGUACAAGAUUAGCUAUGACCUUCACCCUUGGAUCAAGUCGUCAUUACGAGCCAAUGAACAGUACACGCCCAACCCGCAGAAACCGAGGCUCUUCGAAUAUGUCAAAAUUGGAGAAGAAGAACACUUGAAGAACCUGUCGGCGACUGACAGACCUCGAUUCCAUCGUGGCGAUAUCCUCUGGUUCACUUUUCACAUCUCGGCAUCGAUCCGUUUCAACUAUUGGUCCAUUGACUUUGUCCCCUUGGAGAUAGUCCGAAUUGAGAGGGGCCAAUUGGAGGACGAAGAUCCUCUCUUCGACUGGUCACCUCUGGAAGUGGGAAUUAUGAAUAAGGGGCAAUCUUCUGAAGACGACGGACAAGUCUACGAAAAUCAGCCUCCCGACUCGCUCGGUCCACUCUCGUCAAAGCGCAAGAUGCCUGACACUCCGGUUGAGGAACAAGGAGCGGCCAAGCACAUCUCAGCAACCAAGGAGCCCGUUGAUGCAUCAGAUACCGCUCAGGCUCACGUAGGUGACCCAUCGGAAGCCGAAAUAUCGCCUGACACUGCUGGUGCGUCGGAUGCGACUACUACACCGGUUACUCCGGUGACUUCAGCAGCGAUAGGAAAGGAGUCGGAUGGAGCCCCCCGUGCCCUUCGGACUGAGGAAGGAGUCUCACGCAGGUCUGAUGCGCCGCCAUUGCCGACUAGACCAAGUCGAGGAUCUCGCAAUGUGUCCAAGAGGAAGAAGUAG